CUAGCUCAGGCUGCUCACAGUUGCUGCCUGCUGUUUGCUCUCGGGAUGGCUGUCCUUUUUGCAGAGAGUCUGGGGGCGAUCCGGGCCGCUCUGUCCGACCAGACCUGGAUCCUUCUCAUCACUUUCCUGCUCCUGCUGGCCUGGUACAGUGUUUUACCAUUUGGGUUAUUUAAACGCAUUGGAGUUCCAGGCCCAAGGCCACUGCCAUUCAUUGGAACAUUUCUACAUUAUAGAAAGGGUAUGUUUGGAUUUGACACAGAAUGCUACAAGAAAUAUGGAAAGAUAUGGGGGAUUUAUGAUGGACGGUUACCCAUUCUCUCAAUCUUGGAUCUUGAUCUCGUUAAAACCAUCUUUGUAAAAGAAUGUUACACUUUGUUCACCAACAGGCGGGACUUUGGUCUGAGUGGACCAUUGACUGAGUCGAUCCUGGUGGUUGAAGAUGACCAUUGGAAGAGAAUCCGAAGUGUGCUUUCACCAACUUUCACCAGCGGGAGACUGAAAGAGAUGUGUCCAAUCAUCAGUCACUAUGCAGAAAAUCUUGUAAAGAAUGCCAAAAAGAAAACAAAGCUGAAUGAAUCUGCUGACAUGAAAGAUUUCUUUGGAGCAUACAAUAUGGAUGUGAUUACCAGCACUGCAUUCAGUGUGGAUGUCGACUCGAUCAGCAAUCCCAAUGACCCAUUUGUAAAAAAUAUCAAAGAAAUAAUAAAAUUCAGCCUCUUUGACCUUAGCAUGAUCAUUUCUGUUCUCUUUCCUUGCAUUAUUCCAAUCCUGGAAAAAAUGGGUGUCAGCUUCUUCCCAAGAAAUGCAACUGAUUUUUUUAUGAAAGUCCUAAAGGAUUUGAAGGCAACGAGACAAAACGGAGUGUGCACUGAUCGGGUGGAUUUUCUGCAGCUGAUGAUUGAUUCUCAGGUGACAAACAAACAAAACACUGACAGCAAGUCGAGAGACAAAGCUCUGACUGACACAGAGAUUUUGGCGCAGGCUUUGACCUUCAUCUUUGCUGGGUAUGAUACCAGUAGUACUACAUUAGCAUUUGCUGCAUAUAAUCUGGCGAUGCACCCAGAUGUACAGAUGAAACUGCAGCAGGAGAUCGAUGAGACUUUCUCUAACAAGGCUCCUGCCACAUACGAUGGAGUGAUGCAGUUGGAAUAUAUGGACAUGGUGAUAUCUGAAACCCUACGAAUGUUCCCCCCUGUCCCCCGACUUGACAGAGUGUGCAAGAAAGAUGUCCAGCUCAAUGGGAUAACUAUUCCAAAGGGGACUAUCGUCAUGGUUCCUUCCUAUGUCCUGCACCGUGAUCCAGACUACUGGCAGGAGCCUGAAGAGUUUAGACCUGAAAGAUUCAGUGAAGAGAAUAAGGAGUCUCGGGAUCCUUACACCUUCCUACCAUUUGGAGUGGGCCCUCGGAACUGCAUUGGGAUGAGAUUUGCUCAACUGGCAAUGAAGAUGGCACUCACCUCUGUCUUGCAACAUGUGACCAUUGUGCCUUGUGAAGAGACAAUGAUUCCAUUAGAACUAGAUGUGACUGGAUUCAUGCAGCCUAAAAAGCCGAUAAUCCUGAAAUUUGUGCCAAGAGUGAAUGCUGAUUCAAAGGAAUAAACUACUUGGUACAAAUACACAGAACUGUGUUUGCAUAAGAUAAUCAAAUGAAAAUACAGUACAACCUCGAUUAUCCGAAUUUUGGAUUAUCCGAACAAGAUCUCAAGGUCCCGUAAAAAUGGCAUUAGGCAACUCAGCAUUCAGUUAUUAGUUAAACGGCAUUAUGGUGUGCAUUGCCAGAUAACCGAGGCACGUUCUAUAACCAGCACUCAACGUUUGUUAUGAUCAUUUCAAUUAUCCAAAUGAUCAGUUGUCCGAACAAAUACUCACUGCCUGUCUCGUUUGGAUAAUCGAGGUUGUACUGUACAUGAAAACUUGUAACUCAAUUUAAAUCUAUAGGAUCAGAAAAAUGUAUUAGCAUGAAUGUUAACUUUUUUUUUCUACUGUUAAAACAGUGAGGGAGCCUCUGAUGUUCUACAAGUGAUUUACUCAACAGGAAAAGAUCUGUCAAGUGAAUAUUAAUUUUUUUUUGUAAUCUUAGGUGUAGAAAUAAUUAUGUGAUUGUAAAAUUAUUAGACUACCUACGAUCGUUUGAAUAUAACUUUUUUCAUAGCAAAUAUAUCUAAAGGAUUUCUUAAAACUAAUUGUAAGUAUUGUGGUAAAAAUGUAAACAACAUGGGUUAAUGUUUUGUUUCGGCUACCUUGUAUACAAAAGAGCUUGCAGGGUUAUUCUUCAGAAAAUCAUGCCAAGGGGACAGCUCACUUGGAAGACAGAUUGUUAUUGAAUUUGUCAACAUUCUGCAAUCUAAAUAGAACAAGCUCUCAAAUCGUAUUACAAAUGGUGGAAACUUGAAGCAAAUGGGUUCAAGUUCCCAAGUGUGCAGCAAAUCAACCAACAUAAUUAGAGAGUUGACACUUCAAUUCAAAAUAGUUUAAAAGUAUCUGAAACUGA